GGACUUCCUGCGGCGGCGGGGCCGGAGCCUUCGUGCGGGAGCGGCGGGGUACGGAGCGGGGUUCGGGGGGAGGGUCCCCGCGGCGCCCCGCGGCCCCGAGGGGAGGAGGCGGCGGCUGCAGCGCGGUUACCGGCAGGGGAGCCCCUUCCUCCGCCUUCACCGCCGGGGAACGAGAGAGAAGCCGCCGCCGCUCAGCCGGCUCCAGCCGCCCAGGUCUGUUUUCUGUUUACAAGCCUGAAGAUGGCUGCUGCUUCUUCCUGCAGCGUGGAAGAAGACGAGAGCCUGAAGGGAUGUGAACUCUACGUUCAGAAGCACAACAUCCAGCAGAUUUUGAAAGAGUGCAUUGUAAAUCUUUGCAUAGCAAAGCCAGAUCGACCCAUGAAGUUCCUCAGAGAACACUUUGAAAAAUUAGAAAAGGAGGAGUGCAAGCAAAUACUGGCGUGGCAGAAAUCCAGUUCCCAGUCUGACUCUCACGACGAUGAGAUUUCCCCUCCUCCUCCCAACCCGGUGGUAAAAGCCCGGCGCAGGAGGGGGGGCGUCAGCGCAGAAGUGUACACGGAGGAAGAUGCUGUUUCUUACGUCAGAAAGGUUAUUCCGAAGGACUAUAAAACUAUGACUGCCCUGGCGAAGGCCAUCUCCAAGAACGUGCUGUUUGCUCAUCUGGAUGACAAUGAACGAAGUGACAUAUUUGAUGCCAUGUUCCCCGUCACACACAUCGCAGGAGAAACAGUCAUACAACAGGGUGAUGAAGGAGACAACUUCUAUGUCAUUGACCAAGGCGAGGUGGAUGUUUAUGUCAACGGGGAGUGGGUCACCAGCAUCGGAGAAGGAGGCAGCUUUGGGGAGCUGGCGUUGAUCUAUGGAACACCCCGGGCUGCCACCGUCAAGGCCAAGACAGACCUCAAGCUCUGGGGCAUCGACAGAGACAGCUACAGACGCAUUUUAAUGGGCAGCACGCUGAGGAAGCGGAAGAUGUAUGAAGAAUUCCUGAGCAAGGUCUCCAUUUUGGAGUCCCUGGACAAGUGGGAGCGGCUGACGGUGGCUGAUGCGCUGGAACCUGUCCAGUUUGAAGAUGGAGAAAAAAUUGUUGUGCAGGGAGAGCCCGGUGAUGACUUCUUCAUUAUUACAGAGGGCACAGCUUCUGUCCUGCAGCGCCGGUCCGACAACGAGGAGUACGUCGAAGUUGGGAGACUGGGGCCCUCGGAUUAUUUUGGUGAGAUCGCGCUGCUGCUCAACCGGCCCCGAGCCGCCACGGUGGUGGCGCGUGGACCCCUCAAGUGCGUGAAGCUGGACCGGCCCCGCUUCGAGCGCGUGCUCGGGCCCUGCUCCGAAAUCCUCAAGAGGAACAUCCAGAGAUACAACAGCUUCAUUUCGCUCACCGUCUGAACGAUUCCUGCCGCAAAGCUGCCUCCCUGUGACCUCUGCACUUCAGUUUGCUCCGUGCAGCUCCAUGGCUUGACGAAGAAAAAAUAAAAGAUGCGCAUUUCACGUGUACUUUUCUGUUUGUGUCACGUACCGGGUGUCACGUCAAAUCUCAUGUGUCAUGUAAGUAGGAAGACAACUGUUUGGGUAAGACUGGCUUUGUGAAGAUCAGGCUCUUGGCUUGCAGGCGAGACUUUUACCUAUUGUUGGAUCAUAGAACUUAAAACUGUGUUUUUAACUGUUUAAAAAUCUUACAAAUUUCUAUUUCGCUUAUUAUCUUUGAAGUCGGUCUUACUCACCUUUUGUCACGCUGCUUUGAUCAGAUGAUGCCCCUUUAUCCGUCACUUCUAGAAAACUCGUCACUGGCCGUGGACUCGAGGUUUCCAAAUCCCGUGGGGUGAGCAGCAGUUGUAAGAGGGAAGAUCUUGUUCAUUCCAGCGAGCCAGCGAAAAGUAGCGCUUUUGAGUGAUUUUGUUCAUGUCUUAGAGCCAGGGGCCGUACUCCUCCGGGUUCCAAGCCCUCUGGGUCUGCUUUGCAGGGUGCGCUAAACCAGCCAGCCUGCUCCAGUCCUCUGGGGGAAGCGGUCAAGGGAUGAUGUUUUGUAAGGACCCAAAUGGAGCCUUUAGGACCCAACUUACUUGUCCUCAGCUUUUUUUUUAAAUGAGGGUUUGCAUUAAAUCCCUUAAGAGUCCAACGGGAACUUCUCUGCUGAAUUAAGUGGGCUUUGAAACAUUUAUCCGUGGCAGAGCGUCCUCUGAAUAUUACAUGAAAUGCUGAGGAGGUGCCAGGUGCACAUUGAGAGCUCAGCAGCAGGUUGUUUUUAAUAAGGUCAACUUAGUUAAGUCCAAAUGCCUUUCUUUUAGCAUAUGACUAAAUUUUAGGAUUUUUUAGGAUUUUCUGAAAACCAAAUACCCGCUUCCAAAUGCCGCCUGUCCUCCACAAGAUGUUAUUGCAUAAUGAAAAGCACCAGGAGCUGGCGGCCGCCGCUGCGCUGCCCAGAUGUGGGCACCUCUGGAACGGAGCUCCUUGCAGAUCCAGGCCUUACUGUGUUGCGCAGCCCUCAAGGAUGAGAUCACUUGGGUUAUUCUUUGCGAAGCUUUUCCUUUGAAGGAAAACUCGUCCUUGCUAGCAGCAGCAAAGGUCUGCAUCUCAGCUGCCCUGAGCAGCACCGCCCGCUUUUCCUUGUGGCAAAACUCUAUUUCUUCCUGAUAACAUCUUCCAAAUUAAACACAAACUUCCUGUACCUUUCACCUGCCAAAGGUACCAGUGAACUGAGGCAGCGAUCUCCCUAUUGAAACUAGAGCUGCUGGUGAACAUGGCUAAGGUUAUUCCUGCUGCCACGCGAUGUGCUUUCUGCUCUGGAGUUAACAAAACUGACUUGGGACUUUGCGCCGGCAGCCGCGGGCCCAGCGCUGCACAGAACUCGCUGCUCGGGGGCGUCGGGCUCCUCUCAGCACCUCGAGGGGCGUCAUUCGGUUCGGCACAUUUGCAGUGGUCCUCCCAGCGUGUAUUCGUCGCUGCUGUUUAUUACCAUUAUGUCCUCCUUCUUGCACGCGUUGCAAAAUAUGACUAUUCACAUUCUACAGCCUCGCAGGUUUUAUCGUGCACAUUUAUAUAGGCAGACUCCCGUUAUCUAUAUAUAUAGAAAAAUGUAUAUGCAUUUGCAAAACUUUUGAUUUGCUUCACUGUUUUUGUACUCUUUUGUGCAUUUUUUAAAAGAAAUACUUUUUAAAGUCACUCCUGUAUGUUCUUUUACCUAUUGCAUCUCUGUUGUAGUGGGAAAAAAUUGUGUUUCGCGUAAUAUGCAAGAAGCAUCUCUUGUUAAACACCAAGUAUUAGCCACACUCUUUACAAGUCACUCACACGCAACACCGACCCUUUGCUUCAAACCUUUACAACUCAUGGAAAAUCCAUUUGAAUUAUGGUUCUGUUCUAAGUAAUCUCAAGAGAAGUGUAACCGUUUAACACCAGGAUUCCUAUGCUUUAUUUGGAACAAAAUGAUAUUCAUUGACAUUUUCAAGAUAAUUGUAAUAUUUGCAGUGGAUGACGGGACACGAUUACAGUAUGAAUAAAAUUCUUCUACGUUA